GGGGAAAAUGUCUGAGCGGCGGAGAGGAGGCGGAGGCAGAGGAGAGGCGGCUUCGGAGGCGGCGGCAGCAUCGUCCGCGGGGGUGGCGGCGGCGGCGGCGGCGGCGGGAGCGGGAGCGGAGAUGCCGGCGAAGAAGCAGAAGCUGAGCAGCGACGAGAACAGCAACCCGGGGGACCUGUCCGGCGACGAGAACGUGAGCGGGGGGCCCUGAGAGAGGAAGACACCCCUCUCUCAGGCUUGGGGCCUAGCGCGUCUCUUAGCAACGCGGGGGGGGGGCUGGUGGUCUUCUUCCCUCCCCCUCCUGAGAGGGGGAACCUGAGGUCAUGGCUGUCCUGUUUAUAAUUUUCGUUAUUAAUUUACUUAUUUAUAUGCCGCCUUUAUCUUCCAAGGAGUUCAGGCUGGUGCACAUGGUUCCCCACCUCCCCAUUUUUUCUUCACUAGGUAGGUUAGGCUAAGAGUGGGUGACUGGCUCCAGGGUCACCCAGCGAGCUUCGUGGAUGAGUAGGGAUUUGAACCCAGGUCCUAGCCAGGCACUCUUCACUGUUCACCACACUGAGGCUCCCUUAGGGCAAGUGUGGGGGAGCCUCCAGGUAUUGCUGAACUGCAACUCCCAUCAUUGAGUUGUAGACAUAGCUGUCAACGUUUCCCUUUUUUAAAGGGAAAUUCCCUUAUUCUGAAUAAGAUUCCUCGCAAGAAAAAGGAAAAGUUGCGGCAUAAGGGGUCUCCAUAGUAUAGUGUGUUUUAAAAUGGGGUUUCAGAGUUUUUAGGGGUUUUUGAAUGUUUUAUGUAGUUUUUCAAUUGCAUUGUUCUGCAUGGGACAAUGACAAUAAAGAUAUUGUAUAUGGUUGUAGAGGUGGAAGGGACCCCCGAGGGUCAUCUAAUCCAACCCCCGGCAAUGCAGGAAUCAUCAGCUUAAAGCAUCCAUGAUAGAUGGCCACUCAGCCUCUGCUUACCUUCAAGGAAGGAGAGUCCACAAUCUCCCAAGGGGGUUUCUGGGGCAGUUGGGAGUUGUGGUUCAAGGGCUGGAGGGUCCCAUUCCCCCCCACUGCAAGGCAGCCUCCCCUCUCCAACCUGCUGCCCUGAAGGUGGGUUUGCAACCUCUUCCGAGACCUUAAUCCUCUUUGGGGUGCCUCACGGGAAGCAAUUCGUAAAUGAGAUUGAUGGUGAUCUACCGCUGGCCCUGGGAGCAGUGGUAAGGAAGGAUGGGAGCUGUAGCCUACCAGCUUCUGGAGCCAGGUGGGAGAAAGCAGGUUUAAAGGUCAAAGGUGGAAGGUCUAUGCAGCUUCAGUCAUCCCUGACCGCUAGCCCAUGCUGGCUGGGGCUGAUUGGGGCUUUGGGAGGCCACAGCAUCUGGCGGGUGUUCUCUUGAUUAUACACUGCUGCUGUUCGGAAACCGAUGUUCAUAUACAGGUGGUUAGCCUGUGUGUGGGAUGCUAUUGCUCCAGGCUUUUAGGCUGCAGGUGGUGGAGUGCUUGUUCAUGAGAAGAAAUCAAAGGAGGACCCCUUUGCAUCUAGAUAGCUAGGGUGCCAAGAAGAAUUCUAAUGUAGAACAGUUUCCUCCUGGAACCUGGGCUUCUAUAUUUGCCAUCUUGCUACACUUGCUUUUAUAAACAGAACAUUAGAAUGAGUUAGGGAGAGAGUUGGGCUAAAAUACUUUCCCCUGAUUAUAUUUAGCCUUCUGUGUUAGCCAUCUUCUCUGUAUCCACUCCAGUUAUCUUCACAUAGAAAGCUAGCAUGUCAGGGAUGGUCUGUAACUCUUCUCACUGACUUGCUAGCUUUCUCUGUUGAAGGAAAUUUGUUUCUGAAUGGAAGAGAUGGGUAGGCAAAAUAAUUUUCAAUGGCAUCCUAAGUUUCUACCUAUGUUAAAAAGAAAGAAAGUAAAGCUGAUGAUUCUCUGCUUUUAGGAAACCAGCAAAUUGGCAAGAACUCAGGUUAGAUACCCCUUAUUUGACAUUUACUUAGGUUUUCACUAAUAUGCCAGGAUUCACCAACCAGAGCUUGGCACAAAAGCCAUACACUUGGAUUUAAAGAAGUUUAAGCACAGGAGUUUGCUUUGAGACCCUGAACUGAAUGGAGCUCGCAGUCCUUCAAGACAAAAAACUAUUUCUGCUUACUGCAAGCUUUUUUUAUUUCAGUGGAAUAAUUUAGGAUCAAUUGGGGGAAAUAAUUGUUGCUGCUAUUGUUUAAAACAGCUGGGAAUCAGAAAUCCUGUGGCAAAUGACAAAUAGAUCUGCCCACUCAUUCUCUAAACGUGUGAAUCAUCUUGCCUAUUGUUGUUGAAUACUUUUAGUUGCUCAGUAUCCUCUAUUUCUGAAUAAGGUUGCCUCAUUGUUCUGAAGUAGCUGGAGGAUCUUCCUUCACUUAGUAAGUUAGCUUUUUUGCUGUGAAUGUGGGUCUUGAUCUGUUUUGAAAACCAACCUUCUUUAUGCUUUCAGGAUGAUGCUGUUAGCAUAGAGAGUGGUACUAACACUGAACGCCCUGAUACCCCUACAAACACCCCCAAUGCUCCAGGAAGAAAAAGCUGGGGGAAAGGAAAAUGGAAGUCAAAGAAAUGCAAAUACUCCUUCAAAUGUGUAAACAGCCUCAAGGUAUUUUGUCAGCAGACAUCUCAUUAGAAUGAAAAUUGCUUGCUGCCUUUAUACAGUGGUACCUUGGGUUACAGACGCUUCAGGUUACAGACUCCGCUAACCCAGAAAUAGUACCUUUCUCAUUCUUUGCUUCAGGAUGAGAACAGAAAUCAUGUGGCAGUGGUGUGGCAGCAGCGGGAGGCCCCAUUAGCUAAAGUGGUACCUCAGGUUAAGAACUGUUUCAGAUUAAGAACGGACCUCUAGAACGAAUUAAGUUCUUAACCUGAGGUACCACUGCAACAGUGUUUUGUACUUCAGUGAUUCAAAUAACUUAUUUACUGGAUCAGAACGAGGCAUAUUUGAACUGGCAUCCUUUUUCAAACAGCAGUCGGGUGGUGGUUCUGGACAGUCCAUAAGGAAGAUCUUGCGUUCAGGAAAAUGCUGCCUCAGAACAGGCUUCUUGUACUUUACAUGACAAAUAGCUGUGGAUAGAUACAUUAUCCAUGUAAGCUAGUGGCCCUGCCACCUAAGCACACUUAAUCAAGUAGCAGGUCCUGCUCGUAUGAAGGGAAAAUCAGAAGCAGCUUUAGAGAAAUUUUAAGUAUGGGUAACUCGCAACACACACACAUUUAACUUGUGUGCAUUCAGCUUUACACACUUGGCAAAAAAAACCGAUAAAAAAUAAAAAGUGGGUGGGCGUCCAGAGGAAAAGACUUUGGCAAUCCUACUCACCAUUGAACCCAAUGUGAUUUGACUAUAUGUGAUUUUGGCUUUAUGCACUAUGUCUGGAACUUAACCCCCACCUAAGUUGAAAGUUGCCUAUAUAUUAUUUGUAAUAUAAUAAUAACUCUUUCUGUGGCAGCAGGUAAGUUAGAUCAUGGACACAUCCUGCAGAUAGUAAUCACUAUCAUGUUGAUGCUGUUUUUCAGCAUUGCAGUCCUUUAAAGCUUAAAGCAGUGUUUUCUCUCAGAUCAGUCCAAAACUUCUAUUCUAAAUGUUCUUUGCAUGCUUUUGUACAUGUUUCACCUUGUUGCCUUUAGUUGAAGUUUGUACCACAGGAAAGCAAGAUAUGUUUUAACAAAUAACAGGAAACUGAAGGGUGUAGUCUCUCUUUUCGGGUGGCUAAGAUCAGCCACUGAAGGAGAAGGCCGACUUCUUUUGAAAUACAGUGGUACCUCGCAAGACGAAUGCCUCGCAAGACGGAAAACUCGCAAAACGAAAGGGUUUUUGGUUUUUUGAGUUGCUUCGCAAGACGAUUUUCCCUAUGGGCUUGCUUCGCAAGACGGAAACGUUUUGCAAGUUUGUUUUCUUUUUCUUAAAACCAUUAAUACAGUUGCGACUUGACUUCAAGGAGCAACUCAUAGCACGUGGUGUGGUAGCCUUUUUUGAGGUUUUUGAAGACUUUGGUGAUUUUUGAAGUUUUUCCAAAACUUUUCUGACACCGUGCUUCGCAAGACGAAAAAAACCGCAAGACGACAAAACUCGCGGAACGAAUUAAUUUCGUCUUGCGAGGCACCACUGUAGAAGUAUAGGCCUGGAGACCUUUGAAAAUAUAAUAACAAAACAGUUACAGCACAUGUCUGUCUUGGGGAGAAGGCAUUUAGCAGAAAAAAAAUUAUCAAAAGUUUUAUUUUCAAAAGAUAAUCAAAAGUCUGUGGUGUUGUUUGUAGAUUGCUGUAUUUGUUACAGCAUAUCCUACUAUCUGCUCUGAUCCUUUUAAUUGGUGGUGUGGGAAUUUAUGCUUGAGCCCUUUACACAUGUAAGAUGUGUUCUUCCAUCAGGGCAGCCUUCCCCAACCUAGUUCCCCCCUCAGAUGUUUUUGACUUUCAGCUCCCAUCUGUGCCAAUCAGCAUGGCCAGUGAUCAGGGAUUAUGGGAGCUAGUCCAAAUAUUUGGAGGGGGCCAGGUUGCGGAAGGUUGCACUAAGCUGUUCCCUACAACUCCCAGUAAAACAUUGUGAGAAGGGUAACAUACUUGUUUUGACUAAGGCUGGAUAAUUUGUAUGCUGUGUACGUUGCUGAGUUAUUUAAAAUCUGACAUGAUAUUUGGAAUCCUUGAAAUGUCAGUAUUUAUAGAUUUAUUCUUUAAUACUGUACUCCUGCCUGCUCCCAGUUCCUAGCGUCCUGUAUCAUAAAUUGGAAUAAGACUUCUAGUGAGAUUGCAAAGGCAAUGCUUUUGUUUAGUUUCUUUUCCUACCAGUUGUUGAGCCCUAUUUUUCCAUUUCCAUCCUAGUCCAUGCUUAUAACUUCAGUUGGAAAACUCAAAACUUGGAAGGAAAAUUGUGCCAUUUAUUUAUUUAUUAUGACAUUUAUUAUAUACUCUUCACCAGCAAGUCCUACAGUGGGUUAAUUAGCAUGUAUACCUAGGUUUCUUGGAGUAGGCUGGACACAAUUCGAUUCUGGCAGGCACUGGCUUUCAUGAAUGGCUUACUAAUAGUAGAGUUGUCCCAUGGGCAACACUCCUUCCUCUCAAUCUCUAAGGUUUGUUCAAAAAAAAAUCUGCUAAUGCAGACAAGUCACCUUAGCCUAGUAGUGUUGGUGACAUAGUGUUGCCACCAAAAAUAGCUUCCUUGUACCACUUGGAAAUACUUCCCUAUGAUGUCGUGCAGUAUGUUUCCGCUCCCUCAUUCUACAUCAGGGUUGGGGACCCUGUGACCAUGUAGGACCAUGUAGAUGUGUUUAGACUACAUCUCCCAUGAUCCCUGAUUAUUGGCCACCCUGGCUGGGGCUGAUGGGAGUGACAACAUUGCAACCUGGGUAAGUGUUCCAAAAUGGUACUGAUGACAGGGAGAGAGGUCAUCACUGGAAUGCUGUUUUUUUCAGCAGCAUCCCCAUAGUGCACAUAAUGUGUACUUCUGCCCUGAAAAUAAAUGUCCUAAAUAUAUUAAAUGCAUUUGUCUUCUCUCACAACUUUUGUUUUGAAGCAAAUUCUUCUUAUACCUUUUUCGUUUUCAGGAAGACCAUAGUCUGCCAUUGUUUGGGGUACAGUUUAACUGGCACAGCAAGGAAGGCGAUCCCCUGGUGUUUGCUACGGUUGGCAGUAACAGAGUGAGUGACAUGUUGAAACUUAUUUUACAUUUCACUUAUUUACUGCUUUCCAAGAUCUUGCUUCCUUUUCCUAACGUUGAAAUAUGUCUUGCAGGUUUUUUCCAAACUCUAGGCAUUAUUUCUGAUCCCAAGAGCCAAAUUAAACAGUUUUGUGAUGUGGUACGAUAGUAUAGUGCAAAGGUAGUUGCAGAUGGCCACAGUCCUAGAUAAGCAUAUACAUGGGUUUGCUAGGAACACUUCCAGUUGAAGGUGUGUUGAGAAUGCUCAUACUCAGUUGAGUAUAAAAGUUGGGUUUGAAAGGAAAAAUCACGUGUCUGUCCAUUGGGUGUGCAGCUGAAGUAAAAUGUCAAAAUCCUGUUUUUAAAAAUGGCCUCCCCCCCGCCUGCCUCAAAAGAGACAUUUGCAAUCUGCUCAAGUAGUGCGAUGUCAAUAAGCAGUAGGUGAAAAAAACUACAUAAGCCUUGAAACAGUUAGCUUCCUGCAGCUGCUGCUAUAAUCGAGCACUCCUCUCAAAGGUAGUUGUUUUAACGAUUGGUAAUAACUGCUCAUUUUAGCUAAAUAACUUCCAGCAAAGAUUAUUUAUUUUUUUGUAAUUCUCUAACUAGGCUGUGGGAUGCGGGUGGCGCUGUGGGUAAAACCUCAGUGCCUAGGACUUGCCGAUCGUAUGGUCGGCGGUUCGAAUCCCCACGGCGGGGUGAGCUCCCGUCUUUCAGUCCCAGCUCCUGCCCACCUAGCAGUUCGAAAGCACCCCUAAGUGCAAGUAGAUACAUAGGUACCGCUUUAUAGCGGGAAGGUAAACGGUGUUUCCGUGUGCUGCGCUGGUGCUGGCUCGCCAGAGCAGCUUCGUCACGCUGGCCACGUGACCUGGAAGUGUCUCCGGACAGCGCUGGCCCCCGGCCUCUUAAGUGAGAUGAGCGCACAACCCUGGAGUCGGACCCGACUGGCCCGUACGGGCAGGGGUACCUUUACCUUUUAACUAGGCUUCAUAUAUCAGAGGUAGCAUAGGAACCUGAGGCCCAUUCACUGUAGACAUAAGAAAAGGUCGUGUGGUUUGAACAGGCCUGAGGACAACUUGAGGAAAUUGCUGACCUGGUGAUAUAUUAGGAAUGCACACAGAUGAAGUCAUUAUGUCUCCCUCAGUCAGUGGUAGUGCCCUUUGGGACUGGUAGAGUGGAAGGUAGGGAAGCCCAGCAGUAGGUAGAACCCAAGUCAGUGACAGGUGCAGCCAAUGCGAAGCCAAGCCAACUAAUUCUACUUUCGUCCCCAUCUGCCUCUUCUGCUGAGUUCUGCAAGGGCAAUACUGAAACUGAAGAGGGGGGAGCUCACAAGUAGGGCCGCCCCUUUGAUGGGCUGCAAGUAGGGAGGAAAGGCAGGCAGAUGAGGGCUGGCUGCAGGCAGAAUGAGGUUGGUGGGGCAGCAGUGCUCCAUUUGCCCUAAUGGACCAACCUCCAUCGCUCUCAGUAGAAGUGGAUGAAAACUUGAAUGUUGUAUGACUAAUUCUAUACACUGUAUAGAGUUGUUCAGCUGUGGGAAUCGGGAACUCUCUAAUUUCUUGUGCUUUAUCCACCUCCAGGUUACUUUAUAUGAAUGCCAUUCGCAAGGAGAAAUACGGUUGCUACAGUCUUAUGUGGAUGCCGAUGUAUCCUUUGCUAGGUCUUUGUUUCUUGGGCUGGUUUGAGAAUGGUUUCAUAGCUUUCCCUGCUUAAUGAGAACGCAGUUAAAUAAACACUUUGCAAGACGAACUUCAGUUAAUAUGGUGAAAGUAAAUGAUGUCCUUCCAUGUCAAAUUUUGGAGUUCACUGCAGAAUGGUCCCUUCCAGGCCAGUGGUUUCUCUGUUUUCCCACUGAUGGGUUGCUUCAAACCAUUCUCUGCACUUUCACAUAAGCCCAGUAGGGAGCAGCACUUGGCUUUCUGCUUCGUGAACUGUAGAUUGCUUUGUUUAUGUUUAAAUAUUUUUGGUUAAAUAUCUGGUGGGCAGUGGGACUUUCCACAGGUGCAUGUCUAGCCCUUAACUGCACACUUCAGGCAGAUGAAAACUUUUAUACUUGUGCAUGGACCUAUGAUAGCAAUACAAGCCACCCCCUUCUGGCUGUGGCUGGAUCAAGGGGCAUUAUUAGGAUAAUUAAUCCCAUUACAAUGCAGUGCAUAAAGGUGAGUUGGUCCAAGAUGUAAAUAUUAAUACUCAAAAUUGAUUCUAACGUUUUGAUGCAAAAAAUACAGAGAUGUGGAGGGAAUAACCUGACCUCUGAAUUCUGUUGUAGCAUUAUGUGGGCCAUGGCAACGCAAUCAACGAAUUGAAAUUUCAUCCCAGGGAUCCAAAUCUUCUCUUGUCUGUGAGCAAAGGUAUGGAAGUAGGUUCCUUUUGAAUGGUUAGGAACGAUCUGGUAGUGGGUUAGUUCUGUAAGAGCUAAAAGGGGGAAAGGGCGACACCAAAAAUGCACACAACAUCCCAAAUAGGAACCUCAAAUUGGUGUGGGAAGGAGAAUGCAUUUUGAAAUGUAAACUACCCAACACAUUUUCACAAAUUAGCUUUCAGUACAUAUAACAGCAUCUUCAUAUUUUGCCCCCCCCUUAAUUUAGAUUAUAUAUCCAUUAUAUCCAAGGGUGGUUUAGAACAGUUUAAAAAUAUAAUAUCAAAAUCAGUUAAAAGAGUCUAGAGCAGAGGGUGUAUCCUAAAAAAAAAAUGUAUCACAGGUGUCAAAGGUAAAGAGGUAUGUCUUCAGCUAAAUACACCUUUGUGUGGAGGGAAUUGCACAAUGGCUGUUACUCCCUUCCUAGGUUUCCGCUUUUUGGACAUGGCACUAAACUAUGGCUCAGCUACAUUAUGGGAACAAGCCUUGAGAGGAGGUUGCUGCCGAUUUGCUCCUCCCUGGUUGUUUUGCUGUGUACUGCACUGAGCCAUGGUUUGGCUUUGCAUGUUGCCCGAAUAUGAGCUCAUGGUUUAGCUCUCCAAACCAUAGUUAAAGGUUUGUCUGAAGAAAACAGCGAGUCCAGGUUCAGACGGCAUUAAGCCAAACCAUGACUGACUCAGCACAGCAGCAAAAUGAUGGAGAAGGGGGCGGGGAGGCCAUGACCCCCAAGCCAUGGUUUGCCUUAGCAAUACAUGUGAACCAAGUCAAUAAGUUUUGUAUGCAGUUUUGGGGUUGAACCACCUAGUUGAUCAGAACAUACUAUUGCGUUUAUUGUGAGAUGAUGGAAUCUAACCUUUCUGUUUCCCCUCCCCUUUUUACUAGAUCAUGCAUUGAGACUGUGGAACAUUCAAACAGACACUUUGGUUGCAAUAUUUGGAGGAGUAGAAGGGCACAGGGAUGAAGUUUUAAGUGCAGUAAGUGAAAAACUGUUGAGCAGCUUGAAAUUUAUCAGUGCUGUCCUACUCCCGCUCCAAAGUUUUUUCCCCUACUUUGCUAAACAGAUUUUAAAUUGUGGUUUGCAUUUUAAUUAUAGGUCAAGAAAUGGAAAUUUGCUUAAUAGGAUAGCUAAUAACCUGAUUUGUAUAAUCUGGAGGCUACACUGUUGAUUUUAUUUUAAUCUUGUAUGGAAAAUUGAAGUUGCUACAUUCUGUGUAUAGGAUUAUGACCUCCUUGGUGAAAAAAUUAUGUCUUGUGGCAUGGAUCACUCCCUGAAACUCUGGCGAAUCAAUUCAAAGAGAAUGAUCAAUGCAAUCAAAGAGUCCUAUGAAUACAAUCCCAAUAAAACCAACAGGUAAGGGCAGUCCCAAUCCUAGUGUGAUGUUUUCCUCACCCCAGUAUAUUCUUCAGCUCAUCACUGAAAUCAUGUAUCACCUUUUGAAACGUGCAAGUAGUUAGAUCUUGAAAUGAGGCUGUAAAUUGCUUGGAAGUUUUUCCCCUCCCAUGACAGGUAUGGUCCAGUUGUCACGUCAGUGGUAAAUCAUAGGUAAAGAUUUACCGUGAACAUGCCAGUUUUAUUUAUUACUUAUUUAUUUCAUAGUUUUGCCCUACCAGUAUGCAAGCCAUGACCUCUGACGUAGCAUUUUGUCUGAACUAGGAGUUACAGUUUGUUUCUCUCCAAACGAACAGUGAUCAGUAAGCCAAGGACAAACCUUAGCUACAGAUUGUGGUUUGGUUGGACUGAAAUCUUGAUCCCUGAUUUGGACAUAGCGAUAAGCCCCAGCUGUUGUGGCUUUAAAAAUAGGUGACAUUGAUGUGUUCAUGGUAAUGAACUGUGAUAUGCGAAUUAGGCCACCGGUGCAAAACCUAUACAGUGGUACCUUGGUUGCUGAAUGGCUUAGUUGUUGAACAAAUCGGCUUUGUGAAUGUUUUUCAGAAGCCGAACGUCUGACGCGGCUUCCACUUGAGUGCAGGAAGCUCCUGCAGCCAAUCGGAAGCAGCACCUUGGUUUUUGAACGGUUUCGGGAGUCAAACGGACUCCCGGAAUGGAUUAAGUUUGAGAACCAAGGUACCACUGUAUGUGACUAUCCAGAAUCAAGUCCCAUAGUGUUCCAUGGGACUUUACUUCCAGUUAAGUGGAUAUAGGAUUGCAGCUUAAAUGUCAGUUUUCCACUUUCCCCUUUUUUUCGGUGUUUAAAAUAAUGUAUUUUAUUGUUUGUUAAGAUUCAUUGUAAGUUUGAAGGCUUUACUAAGCUAUAUUAGCAUAAUAUCCUUGAAAGAUUUGGUGGAAACCCUUAAACCAUAGUUUUUCAGUUCUGAUAGCAUGGGAAAUGGUGAUUUUAAAAAUGAAAACAGGCUUUGCUGAAGUUGAGUGGGGGGGUUAAGUGAGAGUUGAAGAGAGGACAUGUAAGAACAUGGCUUCUUACAUUUGAAUUCAGCCAGUGACCCAUAUUUUUUUAUUUUGGCGGGACGGGAAUAUAAAUUAUUCCACCUCUAUUGUCAUUGCAUCCCAAGCUCCUGCAGUUGUGUCUUUCCUCUGCCCAACCGCACUGAUCAGAUGCAUCAACUCUCUCCUUUGCAGGCCGUUUGUUUCUCAAAAAAUUCACUUUCCUGACUUCUCCACCAGAGAUAUACAUAGAAAUUAUGUAGAUUGUGUGCGAUGGCUAGGAGAUCUGAUACUUUCCAAGGUAGGAUGGCUUCAGUUUCAAUAAUGUCACAUUUAUGUUUUGAUCUCUGAAGAUUUAAAAGUGAUUAAUAAUAAUAAUAAUAAUAAUAAUUUAUUAUUAUUUAUACCCUGCCCAUCUGGCUGAGUGUCCCCAGCCACUCCGGGUGGCUUCCAAUCAAGUGUUAAAAACAAUACAGCAUCAAGUAUUAAAAACUUCCCUGAACAGGGCUGCCUUCAGAUGUCUUUUAAAGAGAAGAUAGCUGCUUAUUUCCUUCAUAUCUGAAGGGAGGGCGUUCCACAGGGCAGGCGCCACUACCAAGAAGGCCCUCUGUCUAGUUCCCUGUAACCUCACUUCUCGCAAUGAGGGAACCGCCAGAAGGCCCUCAGCGCUGGAUCUCAGUGUCCGGGCUGAACGAUGGUGGAGACGCUCCUUCAGGUAUACAGGACCGAGGCCGCUUAAUUGAUGAGAAUAGGAAAAUUUCAAAAUUUACUGAAAUGGUAUCUUCCUACUAUUUUUUAAAAAUGCCAGUAGCGUGCCUCCUCUCCCCACAAUAAAAAUACUGUUGAUGGCCUAAAGCAGUCUAUCUCCUCCACAUUUUCCUGUGCAGGAUGUGGGUGUGAAAGUGUUUUGUGGGUUAUAUUGAAGCCUUCUUUUCCCUCUGUCCACAGUCGUGUGAAAAUGCCAUUGUGUGCUGGAAACCAGGCAAAAUGGAAGAUGACAUCGAUAAAAUAAAGGCCAGCGAGUCUAAUGUGACCAUUUUAGGACGAUUUGAUUACAGUCAGUGCGAUAUAUGGUAUAUGAGGUUUUCAAUGGAUUUCUGGCAAAAGGUAAGGGCCAAGGCAGAGAUUAAGCAAGGCUAUUUAAGAUUAGUCCAGUGCACAGAUGAAGUUAGCUGGCACUGCUGCUUCUCAUGCGUGCUUGAGGCUCCCGUAUUUUGUAAUAUAUGUAGGCGGAUAUGCCAUAUAUCAUAAAAUAUGGCUGUUGUGCAUAACCAUAAUGGCUAGUAUACUCUUCUAUGGGGCCGGUCCAUCCGUGAGGCACACAGAGUCGCCUCAGGCAGUGGAAACCAAAGGGCACUUUUUGGGUUCUGGUGAGAUCUCGCGAGAGCUCUUGCAAUAACCUGGAAGCCACAGCUGUGUGACCCUGGUGACUGAGGCUUCAGCGGGUCAGCAAGUGUGGGUGGCAAAACGGGAUGGGCUACCCUUGCUCUUCUUUAUGCAUGGCCCAUGUUGCACAUGCACAGUGUGGAUAUUAAGAGAUGCAAAAGGAGAAAAAUUAAUACCAUAUUGCUAAAAAUAAUUAAAAAUAACAGGACAGCUAGGUUUGUUGGACAAAUAAGGGAGUUAAAGGUGUCCUGGAGGAGGAUAUUGUAUUCAUUCAGAUAUUUUUAGGGCAAAGCCCUCACAAGGUGGCUUACAUAAUAUAGAAAUACAGCAGAGGUGAGGGGAACGGUCAGAUCAAGGAAAAGUUACCUCUUGGCAGCCAUCCUAGGGGAGCAGAGAGCUCAUGAGCAUAAGACUUGCUUAUGCAACUCUAAACCAGCCUUCCCCUACAGUAGCCCUCCAGGUAUCUUCGGACUACAGUGGUACCUCGGGUUACAUACACUUCAGGUUACAGACUCCGCUAACCCAGAAAUAUUGCCUCAGGUUAAGAACUUUGCUUCAGGAUGAGAACAGAAAUCGGGCUUCGGCGGUGCAGCGGCAGCGGGAGGCCCCAUUAGCUAAAGUGGUGCUUCAGGCUAAGAACAGUUUCAGGUUAAGAACGGACCUCUGGAACGAAUUAAGUACUUAACCCGAGGUACCACUGUAUAGCCCUGCUAAUCUCCAAACAACAUAGAUGAUGAUUGGGGAUGAUGCUGUCUGACAGCAUCUGAGGAUGCAAGGCUGGGGAAAGCUGCACUAAACCAUAAUCUAUCAUUCUUUCGGAAGAAAGCCUAUUGCCUCCAGAAGUGUAGUAAGGAAGGAUACCCUAUUUUGAUUUUGGCUUCUGUAAUUGUCAAAAUGUGAUGUAAUAUCAAUUAAUUAGUUGCUGAGGGCACCCUUAGUCAAUCCACUGCCCACCAUAUAUUUUGGACAACAGCUUCCAACUGUCUUGACCAGCACAGCUAGAGUGCAGCAGGUGGGCAAAGGUAUUAGAAAUCCCCAAGGUACUGAUGGUGCAUUAUCCUUGAGUUGUCUAGGGAAACUUUUAUUCUUGAACCUGUUGAGAAAACAAAAGAGAAUUAUGUUCGCAUGUAGAGUGCAAUAUUGAAACAGUCAUUUUCACCACAGCAUUAGGCUACAUAAAUCUUCUGCUCUUUUUUAGAUGUUGGCAUUGGGCAAUCAAGUUGGCAAGCUCUAUGUCUGGGACUUAGAAAUAGAAGAUCCUCAUAAGGCCAAGUGAGUGUUUCUGAAUCCCCAGCUUUGCACCACAGUUCUUGCUUAUCAACACUGAAACAGACAAGUCAACCCCUUUACCCUAACUUAGGAAGUUGUAAUAAAGAAGUACAGGCCAUAAGCAUGUUUGUCUUCUCAAAGUUUGGAUUACAGCUUGCUGCCUUUGUUCUGGGAAGGUAACAGUGUAAGAGACCUGGGCCAGGGUGGGGAAUCCGGAACAACUUUGUGUAUGAUUUCGUAUGAACAAAGAGAAGAUGCACUAAUUUCUGACAGAUGGGGGUGUGGAAUGGUAACUUCCCCUGCCAUAGAUCUGUGAUUAAGCUUUUUCAGUGUUUGAGUUAUUUAUAGUUGGGAUAGGUGUCCGGGAGAGAAAAUCCUGUUUCAGGGUCAUACCGCUUAAUAGGGCACGUGAGGCAUCACAAGAUGAGAUGUGCCUUCAUUAAAAACACCCCCUGAAUGUGGAAACAAGAACAUUGAGAAGCUUCACAUGCUUCUUGUCUAUGGAUCAGUUUAAAGUGAUACAGCCCUGAAAGCUUCCAUAAAUUAACAUAUUUUGGGGUGGGAGAAAUGGGAUAAUGUGAUCAGGAUGUUGUUUAAAGGGAGGAGGGAUGAAGUUAAGAAUUGUGCCUGUUGUCUUACAUCCUUUUGUUCACAUGGUGGUGAGUGAAGAGAAAUAUAACGCUUUAUCUCUUUUGAUAGGUGUACAACUCUUACUCACCCAAAGUGUGCUGCUGCCAUUCGACAAACCAGCUUUAGCAGAGACAGUAGUAUCCUUAUAGCUGUAUGUGAUGAUGCCAGUAUCUGGCGCUGGGACAGGCUCCGAUAAGUUACUUACAACUUGAGAAUUACAAAAUUAUGUAUUGCUUUUUGUGUCAAGGAUAAUUAGCUGAUUUAUAGUACUGUAACUGCUUUCAGAGUAGGCCCCCCCCCCGUCAGUUGAACUUAGCAAUGUUUACAUUUGGUUUUUGAUAACAUUGCCUUGUUCAGAAGCUGCUGCUUUUUAAUAAAAAUAUUUUUGUACAUUUGGUUUAUUGUCCCAUUUCAAUUCAGUGUUUGUAGUAUGUAAAGUUUCUUUGUACUGUAUAUAUACUUGCUGCUUGUGUUAAGCCAUGUGUUAAAUAAGCUUGUAUGAGUAUGGGUGUGCCCUACAAUUCUGCAGGAUGCAAGAAGCACAUUGAGUGCAGAAUUCUUCCUGAGAAAGUUGUCCUUGAUUUUGAAAAUGUCUAGCCCUUAUGACCGUGAAAACAUGAAAGUUGUGCAGCAUUGCCCAUUUGGAACUCUCAGAUGCCAAGAAGGGUGACUGAUAUAAUUUCUCAAUGGCUGGGACAGAUACAUUUAUCCAUAUGGCUUUCUGCCCUUCUCCUUCAUGAACAAAAGCAAGUAAAUUAUGCAAACAAAAUUAAAUGUGCAUAAUUAAACAUGUUGGGGAAUUUAGCUUUCUUGCUCAGAAUUUGAAUUUCCAGGGUAUGGACUUUUAAAAUACACACACACAACCCUUAAUGUUUUGGUCCAGCAAAAGUUUUACUCCCAUAAUUCCCAGAGACUAUACUACUUUACAUUAAUUCUCUGUCUCAUACCCAUCUGAUUAUAGUAAGCCUGCAAUUUGCAAACAUUUAAUGUUUGAAUAUUCAGCUUUAAGCGCUUGGGGAAAAAUAAAAAGGGAUGGGCACCCAGGGGAAAAUACAUUGGCAAAUUCCACCUGUCAUUGCAUUCAAUGUGUUUUGUCUAUAUGUGAUUUUGGCUUUAGGUGCAAUGCCUAUGGUGCAAAUGCUUUUUUUCUGGGGGCGGGGGAUGCAUACUCCUAAACAUUUUGUGAAUCUAUUUGGCCUCAUUGAGGGGCAGUAUUUCAAUAUGAGUAGGAAAAUGAGAGUACAGAAAAAAAAGCACUGGAUAUGGGCAUACUGUACUUAGAAUGAGAAUUGCAGAGUAAGUGAAAUAAGAGAACGUAGUUAAUUAACUUGUUGGUAAAAGGAGCCACUGUCUUGGUGUAGAAUACCCUGGUACUUAUUUAGGAUCUUUCCAUUGCUUCUGAACCCACUUGGCUCCACAUCGUGGCUUUACAAAAAUGUUUUUAAUACUUAGAAUUGUUAACUAAAGCAACACAAGGCACAGGCAGGCAGACAAACUAAAAACGAAGUUCACUAGAUCCCAAACACCUGCCGAAAUAAAAUGCUUCAUUUAGUGCUUGAAAACUCGCGAUGAAGAGGCAAGAUAAGCCUCCUCCACCCUGGUGCUACCACUAAAAAGGCCUUUAUUCUCCAGCUGCCUCAUCUUUGACAGAAGGGGAGCAAAUGAAUUUCAGAGACUUUAAAAGUGUGUUUAACCUUAUAAAAACAAGAUGUGAAUAAAGUGUGUGAAAUAUGUGUAAUAUAUGGAAGCUGUUGGGACAAGAUGUAAAAGUAUUAAAUUUGGUAAAAUGAAAUAAAAACAAAAUUAAA